CAAAGCCAGUUAGUUGUUCGCCAACGAGCGAGCGGUCGGGUUCGAUUCCGCAGAUAUUUUUUUUUCGUAUUCUAUACCGUGACUCCCGCGCAUCGGCCAACUUUUCAAAAGUGCUCUCCCAGUUAGCGGUAUGCGUUAUGUGAUCGCGGUGUGAUCGGACUUUUGAAAAAAGCUCGAGAUACGCGCACGUUCUUUUUCAGUUUUUCAAUAAAUUGCAAUUGCGGUGGACGAUCCGAGUGUGUUGAAUUAUAUAGAAUAAGUGAACAAGAUUCGCGAUACGAUGCGAAUCAUCGGUACUCUGGCUACUAUUUAUCAGUCGGAAAUCGCAGCUGGGUCAGCUGUGCAAGAGACAGACCAUGAGCUUGAAGGCCGCAGCGGGAGCUUUGCCUGAUAAACUCGAGCCGGUAACCGGGAUACUUUCACCUUCCGAAAACGAAGGUACGACGAUGCAGAGUCCGAGCCGGGAGAAGGACACGAGGGUGCGUUCGUUGCGAGUGCAGUGCUGGUCGCUCCUGUCGAGUGCCGGCAGCAGCGUCGCCCGGAGCGACGCUGUACUCUUCCUGUAGUACAGAUCCCGUGCGAGGAUGACGGUGUCCUACCAGUAUGAGGUCGCAAGCUCGACGAGCGGCGGUUUCACUCGGCUGCUCUUCAUGUGGCGCGGCUCCCUCUACAAGCUCAUCUACCGGGAGCUGCUGCUCUUCCUCGCCUUCUUCGGCACGAUCUCGGCCCUCUACCGGAACGUCCUCAGCGUCGAGCAGAAGCGCUCCUUCGAGCAGAUCGUCGUCUACUGCGACACCUUCAUCAACCUCAUACCGCUGAGCUUCGUGCUGGGCUUCUACGUGGCCUACGUCGCCAGUCGCUGGUGGCAGCAGUACAUGGCCAUCCCCUGGCCCGACAAGGUGAUGCACUCGGUCGCUCUCUACGUCAUCGGGAACGACGAGUACGGGCGCAUGGUACGGCGAGCCUUGAUGCGCUACCUCAACCUGUCGCUCAUUCUCGUCUUGCGAUCCAUCAGCUCGGCCGUCAAGAGACGAUUUCCAACGCUGGAUCACGUCGUGGACUCGGGUUUUAUGACUUCGCUGGAGCUCGAGCUUUUCACCUCCGUGCCGAGCCUCGAGUUCAAUACCUACUGGAUCCCCUGCACGUGGUUCAUAAAUUUGCUGAAGGAGGCGCGGACGAACCAUCGAUUGCCCGACUCGCAAGGCCUGAAAAUCAUAAUGGAGGAAUUCAACGAGUUCCGCUCGCACUGCGGUCUGCUCUGGAGCUACGACUGGGUCUCGAUUCCGUUGGUCUACACGCAGGUGGUCACGCUGGCGACGUACAGCUUCUUCGCGGUGGCCCUCGUCGGGCGCCAGUACAUCGAGGGCGUCAUCAAACCCUUCCAGAUGAAGGUCGACAUCUACUUCCCCGUCUUCACGAUACUCCAGUUCUUCUUCUUCAUGGGCCUGCUCAAAGUCGCCGAGCAGCUCAUAAAUCCGUUCGGCGACGACGACGAAGACUUCGAGCUCAACUGGAUGAUAGAUCGCCACACAAAGGUCUCGUAUCUGGGCGUCGACACGCUGAUGAAUCGCUGCCCGCCACUCGUUAAGGACAUUUAUUACGAUUCGGAGAACUUGAUUCUGCCCUACACCGAAGCCGCGGCCGCCUACAAGCGCAAAACGUACCGCGGCAGCGUUGCCAACAUGACUGUGCCCGAAGAGAAACAGACGAUGUUUCUGCCCAACAUAACCGAAGAGGAGGAGAACGUCUCGACGAGUGCAACCCCCCGGACCUCCACGGCAAGUCUGGCAACGCACAAUAACGACUCACCGGCGACCGGCAAGCGGUCCAUUUGUUUCAGCCAGGGUGGCUCCAGCCCUCUGCCUUCUCGUCGGCUGGCUCGCGACACGGUCGUUACGCUGGAUCUUCGGGAGGACCUCGAGCAGCAGCAGCAGCAGCAGCAACAGCCACCACCGAUUGAUCUACAGCAGGGAAAAACGCAAGGACGGCCAUCGAGCGGACUCGCGGAGGCAGCGGUGAAGAUGUUCUCCAGCAAGAUCAAACUGACCGAUCACUUGGCACAGGGUCGGAAGCCCUUCUUCGCCUUGGCGAAAGCAGCCAGGGUCAAUCUGCAGCCCUGGCCCAGUGCUACCAAUCUCAAGGCCGAACCGGUCGCCGGAUCGGACUGGACCGAGCCGGAGAUGGACAGCAAGUCGCUGCAUCUGCAGAGCAGGUCUUUCAACAUUCCCAGCAUCGCUGUCAGACAGUCGUCCGUCGAUGACGUACUCGAUGGGCCGGAUGACGAGGAGGACGACGACGAGGAGCCAUCGGUCGAGGAGUCCGUCGGCAGAAAGCGAUCGCAAGCGAUGUUCGACGCGCGUAGCGGCCAGGCGAACCGCGGCUACCUGGGCCGGGAAGCGAGCAUCGACGAGACGCAAGAGCCGUACAGCUCGACGAGCAGCGUCGUCUCGUCUUCCUCCCGUGCGCGCCAAGCUGUCGCUGCUCCAUCACGGACGAAGAAACGUUCCGGCAAGUCUCGAGCUGCGCGAUUCAACAGCUUUCCCAAGAUCCUGGUGAAGCGACAGCGCGCCGUUCUGCCGAUGACGCUGCCGAGCGCCGAUUCCCACAACCUCAGCUUGUCCAAAAGUUCGCCGGAGCUCAGGCUCGACGUGGAGCUGGGCGAACGCGUUCGCGCCAGGUUCUUCACUGGCACCGACGACGACGACGACGACGACGACGACGACGACGACGACGACGACGACGACGAGAUGCGGGACGUCGUCGUCGAGAGGUCCUGAUGGCGCGUUGUACUUUACUAUUCAUGCCACAGAUGCAAAUAAUACAGAGAUAUAAUAUACGUUGUAUUAUGCGUGUGUGAUAUUUGAUACGCCUUUUACAAAGAGGACGAAUUUUCGAGCCAAGUAGAGCUAGCAUCCGUAGUUUGAGAAUUUAAUUAACAGUAUUUGUUUUUCCUGUAAAUAUAUAUGAAUAGGCAGACCGCAGAGAAAAUCGGAGCCCGAAUGAGCACGUAUGCACACACACACUCCCUAAUAGACUAUUGUACUACAUUUAACGCGUGUACACGUAGAAACCUAGAAAGUGUAAAGAAGAUAGAAAUAAUCGCUAAGAAAAGAAUAACGUCGGUAUUUAUACAUUUACUAUUUCGCAGCCGCAUAACUGUCAGAAGUGCAUGUGACACGUGCGAACAUAAUCCCCCUGAACGUCGAUACGUAUACACACCUAUAUACGUAGAGGUGUACGUCAAAGCCACGAAAUUGAAUGCAUUUUAUGUUUGCCUUCUUACGCAAUCUCGCCUCUACACAGACACACACACACACGCGCGCGCGCGCGCGCGCAACGAAAAAAAGCAAAAAUAAAUUACCAUUUAUACACACAUUUUCUCUUUACGUAUAUUCAUUUUGGCUUUUACUAGUUUACUGCGUAACAUACACGUGCAACUAAAUAUUUAUUAGUCCUAGCCGCUCUCGGGGUAAAUACAAAGAGCCAACUUAUGAACAUUUGCUUCUCUCGCGGCGUUUAUGUCACCGCGAAUUCUUGGGCACGCGCCGUGUCCGUUAUACAAUAGCUGGUAUAAAACAUCGUGUAAAUAUUGUAAAUAGAUUUAUUACGCGAGUAAGAGCACGUACCUGUACAAUGUGUAUGUCAUUCGCGAUAGAGCACGAGAAGAGCGCCGUACAGUGGUCCAAGAGGAAUUUCAAACGAAAUUUGUACAAUUAUGUAAUUCGCAUUCGAAUUCACAUGGAUUGGCCGAUCCCAUAAUGAAAUUCGUGUACAUUUUUUGUAAUAUAUCAUUAUUAUUGUUAUUAUUAUACAGCCCCAUUAGGUUUAAAAAUAUAAAUUUAUAUUUAUUAUAUACAAGAAGUUUGUAGUUUCGGCAAUGCGUGCCCGACAUAACUUUAGGUUUAACCGCGCGCGGCGAUCGAAAAAUAAUGCGCUCGGUAGACGGGAUUUUCGCAUACUAUGUAUCGAAAAGUACCUAACGUUAUUCAAACGCAUGCAUGUACUUUCCGAAUUCGAAUAAAGUCCAACUGUUCGCCAAGUU